CCGCAGCCGCAGCCAGAGCAGCAGCAGCAGCAGGCGGCGGCAGGGGAGGCGGCGGCGGCGGCUUUGUGUUUAGGUUGAGCCCCAGGCCGGGGGGUCGAGGGCAGGUCGGCCUCCGCCUGGCCCGGCUGCUGCGGGCGAAUUCCGGCUCCUCUCGCGCUCUGCCUCUGCGGGGGAAAGGCAGCCGGCAGCGGCUUGUGUGCGUGUUCGCGUAAAGCGAUGAGGCUGCGACAGUCUUGCCCGGCCGGGGAGGCGCCGUGAGGGGGGAUGGAGGGGCCGCGGGGGGCUGAGGCGAGGAAGGGCUGAGGCGGCGUCUGGGGUCCGGACGCCGACCCCCCCCCCUCAAGGCACAGAGAAACGAAGGGGGGCGAAGAAAGGCUUUUUGAGGGGAUUUUGGUGAGGGUCGUUGGAGCGAUGAGGCGCUGAAAGCCCCCCCCCGUCCGUCCCCCCUCCCUUAAUCCUGAUCCCCUCCCCCCGCUUUCCCCCUCCCUCCUUUUUCUUUGGGGUUGUGUGAGGUGAGGGUCGAGCGACGUCACCGCAAGGGGCGCGCGUGGAGGCCGGUUCAGACAUUCGCGGGGCGGCCGCCCCAGACGCGGGGACGCUGCUUGGGGGGGUUGUUUGUUUUUACCGUUGGGGAGCAAAAGGUGGGGGAAGGGCUUGUCUUUAUAGCCCCCCCCAUACACACACACACGCACACAUAUAUACAUACAUUCAUAUAUGUGUGUGUAUGUAUAUAUAUUUAUAUUUAGAGUGGCAGUGAGCGCCGGAGUGUCUUGCUAGGCUGUUUUAUUUAGACUAGACAGGAGGAGGAGAGAAGAGGUCUAAGCUCUGCCCCCUUUCUGGCUGGCCGGUACUAAAAAAAAAAUAGCAAUGGACUCCAGCUUGGGUUGACAUUGCCCUGAGCCCUGUGGUUCAGAGCUUUUGGCUCUGGCUUGGGUUGUGUGUGUGUAUGAGGGCUUGGAGUUUAGCUUUUGUUUUCUAAGCUUUUUACCCCGGCAGGUUAGAAAUAGACCUGUUCCGAGGCUGUGUCAAGGAAGGACGCAUUGGCAAGUUCCAGAGAGAGGUAGAGAGAGACUGGCCUGUUUAGCUUUUUCUACCCCCCAGCAAACUGCUGCCUGCCACCACAAUGAAUGCCAAGAGGAGGCCUAGCUGCUACCUGUUCUUGUGAGCCGCGAAGGAUCAAGGCUGAAUUUUUAUUUUAUGACACCUGCAAAAGGAGGAGAGAGAAAAUCUAGUUGUCAGGGGCAUCGGCGAGACUACAGAGAGUGGGGGGGAAACGCUCCGUUAAGGCUUCUUCAUUGAAAACUGUAGGGAAAAAAUACAUUGGACUGAAAAUGAAGCCAGACAGAGACACUUUAGAUGAAUACUUCGAAUACGAAGCAGAAGAGUUCCUUGUCAACUUGGCCUUCCUGAUUACUGAAGGUAGAACACCAGAAUAUUCUGUAAAGGGUAGAACUGAAGGCUUCCACUGCCCUCCAGCGCAAUCGGGUCAGCCAGUAACAGCUAAGCAUGAAUGCAGUGACAAACUGGCCCAGUGUCGUCAAGCUCGGCGCACUAGGUCUGAGGUUACUCUGCUUUGGAAGAAUAAUAUUCCUAUCAUGGUAGAAGUGAUGCUACUUCCAGACUGUUGCUACAGCGAUGAAGGGCCCACCACAGAAGGGAAUGACUUAAAUGAUCCUGCCGUCAAGCAAGAUGCCUUGUUACUAGAGAGAUGGACUUUGGAGCCAGUUCCAAGACAAAGUGGCGAUCGAUUUAUCGAAGAGAAGACCCUCUUAUUGGCUGUCCGCUCUUUUGUGUUCUUUUCUCAGUUAAGUGCUUGGCUGAGUGUUUCACAUGGAGCAGUCCCACACAAUAUUCUCUACAGAGUGAGCGCGGCACAUGUAGACCUGCAGUGGAAUUUUUCCCAGACGCCAACUGAGCAUUUUUUCCCUGUCCCUAAUGUUUCUCACAACGUGGCCUUGAAAGUCAGUGUCCAGUCCUUGCCGAGACAAUCUAACUAUCCAGUCCUGACCUGCAGUAUUCACACCAACCUUGGCUUUUAUGAAACGAGGAUAGAAGAGCGCAGUGGACAUCAGCACUGUGAUUCCAUCAAGGCAGAGCAAUGCAAGACACCCACCUCACAGCGCUCACGUGGCAAACUGAUGUGGCCUGAAGGUGUGCCGAAUGCAAAAAAAGGCCCUGAGCUUGGUACAGCUGUCAGAACCAUGAAACUUUAUCCAUCAACUGGGCUCGGGUCGGACUUUAGGGCAUCAGAGUCCAAGCUUCAGUGCUAUGCAGCUGCUGUUGAUAGUAAGAAAUUGUCGCAGGAGACCUCAGAGAGAGCAUUAAAGCCUUCAUCUGACUGCCAAAAUGGCUACCCUUCCCGUCAUUCGUUAGGAGAUUCUAUUCCUUUGAUAGGCUCUUUACUUCAAGAGCGGCAGGAGGUUAUAGCAAGGAUUGCCCAACAUUUGAUUCACUGUGAUCCAGCAACGUCGCCUAUUAUGGGGCGACCGUUCAACAUGAACGAAACAGGUUUGGUUAACUUGAAAGCUGCACGGAGCACACAAGAAGAUGAAAGUUUUCUGAAAAAAGGAAAGGAACCAUCCUCCGGUUCUACUGCUAGCUUAGAACCGUCUGCAUCAGAAAACAGCAAUGUAGGAAAAGCCCGAAUGAUACCAGAAAAAUCUUUAUCCAGCUCCCAGAGUCCAAUGACCCAGCGCUCCCGCCCAUCUAUAGAGGAAACGAACCCACUGAUAAGUUCUUUACUUCAGGAGCGGCAGGAGGUCAUUGCUAGGAUUGCCCAACACCUGAUUCACUGUGAUCCACCAACUUCACAUGUUACUCAUCCUGUGUUUAACAUGCAUGAAAUUAGUUCAGUAAAUUCAAAGUGUUUUCCUAAUUCCUGUGAAGAUGACAGCCUGCUGAAGAAAGGCAGGGAAACUUCAUCCAAUUCCUUCUGUAGUUCAAGGUUGAAUUCAUUGGAAGACAACCUAAAAGCAGUGGGCAAAACACCAGCAACCCCCUUUAAUUCUUUUAGAUAUGACGCUGAAUUGAACAUUUCUCCAAAACCCCAGGCAAGAAGAAAAUUGCUUCUUGCAGACCCCAACGAAAUAGUCCAAAAUACAUUUCAGCAGUCUCCUUCCAGUAGAAGUACAAGUCCAUUGCCCUUUAUGAUCCAAUCAUGUAAGAAAGAAGAUAAUAGAUUGGAACUGGCAAAUAAAUUGGAAGCGGUACUUUCCAGUUCUCCCCGCAAACCUCGAGCUGUAUACAAAGGUAUUGCCAAGCAGUGUUCCCCUUUCAGCUGUAGCAACGAACUGAUUUGCACAGAUAAGCUUAAGGACAAAACAAUCGCUAGUGAAAAUGGCAACGCAGACUGUUUCAACAAUCCAUCAUUGGAUCAGUCUAGAAUACUUGAAAAUAUUAAAGUGACUGUAACACAGGCACCUGACAAAUUGCACAGAAGCGAACAUAAGCGCUUAAAUCAAGACUCUAAACAACCAAAUACUUGCGAACAGAACUCCCAGCUCACUAGUAUUGAAAACUAUUUACAUAAAGACCAUGAAAGUUUCAAAUGCAAAAACAAACAAGAAAAAGUUAAAAACACACAUGACGAGAAUGAAGACCCGACGGACUAUGAAGUUCAAAAACGCACUCAGAAGAAGCCCGCAGAAGAUGGCUUGGCUCUGUGUGAACAAAAGAGGAACGCAGAGGUGCUGAGAACAAUACCACUUAAACAUGUUUGGCGGAGAAACAAUUUUCACCAUUUGGACGGGACCUCUACUAAGGCUUUCCAUCCUCGAACUGGGUUGCCUCUGCUUUCAAGCCCUGUUCCUGAAAGAAAAACACGUUCCGGCUGUUUUGAUCUCGACGCAUCACUGUUACAGUUAAAAUGUUUGUCCUCCAAAAGCCCACAACAUUGUAUGAGCAAAGAGAAUGACCCAGAUGCCCACGAAAAACCAUUUCUGAGUUCCAGCGCACCACCCGUAACUAGUCUUAGCCUCCUUGGAAACUUUGAGGAGUCCGUGUUGAACUAUCGUUUAGAUCCCCUGGGCAUUGUCGAUGGCUUCACGGCUGAAGUAGGAGCAAGUGGUGUUUUCUGUCCAACUCACAUGACUCUUCCAGUUGAAGUUUCAUUCUACAGUGUUUCUGAUGACAACGCUCCCUCUCCUUAUAUGGGUGUAAUUGCUCUGGAAUCUCUUGGUAAAAGGGGUUAUCGGGUACCUCCUUCAGGAACAAUACAAGUGACCUUAUUCAAUCCUAACAAGACUGUGGUGAAGAUGUUUGUGGUGAUAUACGACUUGCGAGAGAUGCCAGCCAAUCAUCAAACAUUCCUACGGCAAAGAACCUUUUCUGUCCCCGUGAGACGAGAAACAAAGAGAAGCAUCAAUAAAGAAAACACUCGACGUUCUGAAGAAAGGUUACUUCGCUACCUCAUUCAUCUGAGGUUCCAGAGUUCUAAGUCUGGAAAGAUCUACCUCUACAGAGAUGUAAGGCUCCUGUUCUCUCGAAAAUCCAUGGAAGUCGACAGCGGCGCUGCAUACGAACUCAAAUCUUACACUGAAUCUCCAACGAAUCCUCAGUUUUCACCCAGAUGCUAGCAAGGACGGACAGUGAAAAGUAUUGUUGGAUUACAAUUUAAAGAUGGAAACAUUUGGGAUGAGACAUUGUGUGUAAAGGUUGAAAUAGAGAAGCAAGUGGAAAGGUGGUCAAGUGAGCAUCGAGGCUGUUCUAGGCUCCUGGACCCGUUUUUAAGAGGCUUCCGGAAUGAGCGUUUGUGUAUUCCAAGUAGACUGGAACAUACUUAAGUCCUAAUCCUUUUUUUUAUACUGGUUUUAAACCACUUCAUUGGAUGUGUUGCAAUAGCAGAUUCCCAAAUUAGUUUUAGUGUUUACACCUUAUUUUAUUUUAUUUGUUUUGGUUAUUUAAUAUUUAAUGUUCCUUUACUUAAGUGAUGUUUGUCUUUACUAUUUUUCAUGUAGCACAAAUCCUAUGUAAAAUCAUACUAUGUAUUUUUGACAUUACUAUUGAAAUUUGAAAUAUAUACAAAAGUCUUUA